AUGACAGCAACACCCCCACCACGCCGGCUGGUUCUAGGGAUGUGUGUGAAAGUGAAGCCACUGGGACAAAUUUCACCGAUGUAUUUUGGAUCAUCUUCAGUUCCAGUAAACCAGAAUCGUGUGUUUGAAGGCAGUGUCGAUGACGAUGUCCUCUGUAGUAGAGGUAUUGGUCAUCUUCUAGAUCAGCAUUUCGUGAGACCAUCAUCUAUGGAACCAGCUGCCAUCGAAAAUCUGGCCUACACGUUCUGCAUUGAGUUCCACUCAGCUUCGUUUGCCAUCGAAUUUCUCCUGUCAGGCAACAAGACGCUCUUAGCUAAGAAACAGGAUGCUUUCAUUGUGACUGGCAGACUCCCCACCGUCAACAAAUCCCCACUGGGCAAAGGAAGCCGCACCAAAUUGCCAAACAGAAAGUACAUUUCUGAGACGGCCUCAGAAGACUCGGAGAUCUCAUUUACAAUGUUUGGUGAACUAAAGGUACGCAAGAGUGUGAAAACCUCCCCAGACGCAGUGAACUCCCCGUUCUUGCUCGUACGAUUGCCGCAGUGUGCGGGAAGAGGUGGAUAUGAAUUUCCAAAGGAAAGAAAGAGGUGCAAUGCUUGGCGAGUGGCCAUAAGACGAGUGAACGAUGACACAGGACGAUCAUGGUGGCCAUUGCUUAGUGAUGUCGUCUGCGCAGAACACUUCACAACAUCAGACUAUCAGCAGUUUGGAAAGUCCGGUCUAAAAUUGCAACGAAGGAGGCUCAAACCAGAUGCUGUUCCUAGCCAGUUCUCAUGGACAAAGCAACCAACUUCAGCAGAUGUCUCAAGGACAAAACGCUAUACAGAACGCUGUGUAAAGAGAGAGGGUACCUGUGAGGGUUCUGAUGAGUUGUCUAUGGAUGUUGAUGUUAACUGUGAUCUGGACAUUGCAAUGGAGGUAAAUGUGAACAGUGAAAAUGAAAAAGUACAUAACCAGGCCAUCCAGACAGACCUGCAAGAGACCCUGUCAACAUCAGUCUCCACACAUACACAGACGGAAUCUGAGACGAAGGUACAGGGAUUUACUAUUCAUGACUUCAAGAAUGACCCCAAAGGAGUACACUACUACACAGGGCUUCAAGACUAUCUCAACUUUAUGGAUGUACUUGCUUCACUUGGACCAUGUGCUUUUGAGUUAACUUAUGUAAAUGGUAAAAGGCCCUCCUUAUCUGUGCCAGAUCAACUAUUUUUGACUAUAAUUAAAUGUAGGAGAUAUACAGCCAAUUUUGAAUUAAGUCGAAUGUUUAAGGUCAGUGAAUCAGAGGUAUACAUUGUAUUUGCAACAUGGAUUAGAUUUAUGCAUCUGCAGUGGAGAGAGAUUGAUAUCUGGGCAGAUAGAGACAUGGUCUUCUUUUAUGCUCCAUCUGAUUUCAAGACCAAGUUUCCCAGCACUCGGAGUAUCCUUGAUGGCUUUGAGUUUCCAGUUAAGAAGCCCAAGGGACCUGCUGCCCAGCAGGUAACAUUUUCAACAUACAAAAACCGUAACACUGCUAAGGCACUGGUUGGUAUAACACCAGGAGGUUUAAUGUCCUAUAUGUCUGGUGCAUAUGGAGGUUCAACCAGUGACAGACAGAUCAUUGAGAGGAGUGGAUUAAUAAAUAAAGUCAACAAAGGUGAUUCAAUAAUGGCUGAUAAAGGUUUUGAUGUACAGGACUUGUUUGCGCCAGUGGAUGUAACAGUUAACAUUCCUACUUUUUUCAAGAACAAAAACAGAAUGACAGGUCAAUCUGUUGUAAGCGAUAGAAAAAUAUCUAGCAAAAGAGUUCAUGUUGAAAGGAUAAUUGGACUUGGGAAAACAUAUAAAAUAUUGACGCUGCCACUGAAUCACACAGAGACAAUUCUCUCCUCAGACAUUGCAUUUAUUUGUUUUAUGCUUGUUAACUUCAGGAAAUGUAUUGUUUCAAGAUAG